CACCCCGCUCCUGCUCUCACAGAUGACGAAAAUGGCGGACAACGCAUCAUCGGUCGAGAUUGUCGAGGGCUGUCGACUCCCCGUUCUUCGUAAAAACCAAGAGCACGAGGACGAAUGGCCAUUGGCUGAAAUUCUCAGCGUGAAGGAAGUCUCCUCGAGAAAACUUUACUAUGUUCACUAUAUCGACUUCAACAAGCGCCUGGAUGAGUGGGUCACAGGAGACAGGCUGGACAUGAAGAAGCUUCAAUUUCCUAAAAAAGAAGCUAAAACGCCAACCAAGAAUGGUCUUCCAGGCUCCCGUCCCAGCUCCCCAGAGAGAGAAGUGAGGAAGAGUCUAGAUCUCAACGUACAAUCUGCCACAGCUCCUUCCAGAGGCAAAACCCUCCCCACACCGCUAUCGGGUCAUGCUGAACUGCAUGGAAAACCAGAUAUAAACAACCAUGACACAAAAAAAGAAGAUGGUGAUCCGGUCGUGCAGAUCACAUCUGGAAGUGGUUUAACACACAGUGUAUCCAAAAGUUUGUCAGGUGUUUGCACUGGACUUGUCAAGCCACAUUUCAACAUCAAAUCUCUCAAGAAGAGGAAAGUAGAGGCCGUCCCCUUGGCGACUCAGGUAUCCCCGGCCACCCCCGUGCCCUCCCUGCCAAGUUCAGCUGAAGCCUCUCAGGCAUCUGUUUUUCCUGCUGUGAGGGAGACCAACACCUUCAAGUCCCGCGAAGACCAUGAACAGAUCUCCUCGCUCACAACGAACGGCACCGCCCGACGACUCAUCCCCUCGCAGCCCGGGAGGAAGAGAAAAGCUAAUUGUGGGGGAGCUGACGAGAUGAUAAAGGUUUUGCAGUAUAACAACCCUCAAAGUGCCAGUGUCUUUCUCCCACCACCUGAGGAUUCCCAAGACAGUUCGGACGGCAUCCCGUCUGCGCCUCGCAUGACAGGCAGUCUGGUGUCCGACCGCAGCCACGACGACAUCGUCACCCGCAUGAAAAACAUAGAGUGUAUAGAAUUAGGACGUCACAGACUGAAGCCCUGGUACUUCUCGCCGUACCCGCAGGAACUCACCACAUUGCCCAUCCUCUACCUCUGUGAAUUCUGUCUCAAGUACCUCAAAAGCCUGAAGUGUCUCCAGAGGCAUUUGACAAAAUGUAAUCUAAGACAUCCCCCAGGCAACGAGAUCUACCGCAAAGGCACCAUCUCAUUUUUUGAGAUUGACGGCAGGAAAAACAAAACUUAUUCCCAGAACCUGUGUUUACUUGCUAAAUGUUUCCUGGACCACAAAACCUUGUAUUACGACACAGACCCUUUCCUCUUCUAUGUUAUGACCGAGUAUGACUCCAAAGGCUUCCACAUAGUGGGGUACUUCUCUAAGGAAAAAGAGUCGACUGAAGAUUAUAACGUUGCCUGCAUCCUGACCUUGCCUCCGUACCAGCGGAGAGGUUAUGGCAAACUGCUCAUUGAGUUCAGUUACGAGCUGUCCAAGGUAGAAGGGAAGACGGGCACUCCCGAGAAGCCACUUUCUGACCUCGGUCUUUUGUCCUAUCGCUCCUACUGGUCACAGACCAUCUUGGAAAUUCUCAUGGACCUUAAACCUGACAAUGGUGAAAGGCCGCAGAUUACCAUCAAUGAGAUCAGUGAGAUCACAAGUGUAAAGAAAGAAGACGUCAUUUCAACACUUCAGUACCUCAACCUCAUCAACUACUACAAGGGUCAGUACAUCCUGACUCUUUCAGAGGACAUAGUGGACGGGCACGAAAGAGCAAUGCAGAAGAGACACUUGCGCAUAGAUCCAAAAUGCCUUCACUUCACACCUAAGGACUGGAGCAAGAGGGGCAAGUGGUAGACUCCCGACCCGGUUCACUAAAUCCCCAAAUUGCCAGACAGCAGACUUGAAACAAACAGUGGAUCAGAUAAAGGUUUUUCUUAAGGCGUCUCACCGAGGACCUGAAACCCUUUCUGAGCCCAGAACUCCUCCUCAGAUAAGAAACAGUGAACACAAACUGUCACUUGAGAUGCAUAAGCUUUUAUUGUGAAUAUUCAUUAUAUAUUGUGAAUUUAAAAAGCUCUCAGACGUGGGGACAAAAGAGAAGCUAGUUAACGGCGACGCAGCCAAAAUAUACAAAACACCUACUACUGUGUAAAAGAUCCUGUUUAUGACCAACAGUGCGUUAAAAUAGAGACAUGGUGUCUGUUUAAUAGUGUAAAUUAUAACAUGCAGACCAUCUAAUGGAAGCAAGAUGGUUGUUUUAUAGAUAAUUUAAGUUCUACAGUGAUUUGCCGCAUCUAUUGAUGACUCCACAUUAGGUAAAACCACAAAGUGUAUUUCAUUUUCUUGAAUUCAACAUGAAACGGUAAGCGUUGGAUUUUGUCAACAUCGUUUGUAAUCGCCACACACAGAAGUGGCAUUCAAAUGUUUUCAUCAAAAUAAUGAAUUUACCACCAAAAUCUAGUAUCAACACUUUAGUUUUUCAUGCAGCUCAUAUAUUUAAAAAAACCUUAGUUGAUAACAACUUUGUUUUUUUAAGACUCGUAGCACUCCUUUAAGGUAUACUUUGCAGGAUAACUCUUUGUAAACACGCUUGCCAGCGAAAGUGAAACUAAAAGCCAAACCCAGAUUCACUCUCGUGUGACAUUUCAUCUCAUUAUAGUUGUUUUUUUCUGUGCUGUGUCUCUUGGGUUUCUGUUGAGUAAGGUCUGGUUUCUUUUUUUAUAAAGCCCAGACCUCACCUGAGGGCUGUGGCAGUACACGCCCAUGAACAUCCUGAGUGCAGACAUUAAGAAAAAAUCUAAGAAAAUACAUGCAGACGACAGAGUCUGCAGAUAAACAGACCUCUACAACUUCAAGUGGUGAUGAUUGAGAGGGAUUACCGCUGUAUGAGUCUAUAGAUUGUUUUUUUAAAGAGAUCCUGCAUAAUAUAUCUUUAAACAACAAUAAUAACUAAUGUCUAAAAAACACUCCAAAAUCAUCACUUUCUAAUUUCUAAUAUAGAUUUUUUUAAUGCAAAGUGUGCAGGCUUCAAAACAUUGCUGAAACGUCUUGGGAGUAAAAAUGAAACGUUGUAACUCUCAUGUGAACAUGUACAAGGUCAUUUUCAGUUAUAGUGAUUCCCCCUCAGUGCCUGUAUUUUAUCGCUUUCAGCUAAUAAGAAGAACAGAGAUGUUGCAGUAGAAAUAUCGCUCACAAAAUGAUAUUUAAAUAAACAGCCAGAACAGUUUGGGCACAGACAAAAAAUACAAAACUAGACAUCAGCACCCACAAUUAUAAUGUUGCUUACAUUCCAACACGGUCAGUUCAGGUUUUUCGUUAUCUUUUACAGUAGCAGCUCUGCUUUCAUUUCCCUAUUUUAAAUAGUUGGAAAUAUUUAUAUUCUUAGUUUGUGAUCAUCCAGGUGAACCUUCCUUUUUUCAGAUUAUCCGCAAUCAUGAUCAUCUGUACAGUGUGCAAUGAGACAAAUCAGUUCCCCGGUCUAAACAUCUGUUUCCUGUAACUGUACAUACUGAUUGUAUAAAAAAAAAAAAAACUAAAAAAAAAAAAAAAAAGCUUAGAAGACAGAAGCCAUGUUGAACUGUUAGAGGAAUGUAAAUUUUGUGUACAGUUGUCUUUCGUGUCUUUUUUUACUUAAUGUAAACUAACUGGUUGCACAAUAUCAGCAGGAAAAGACAUAAAAGUGGUAUCUGACUUUCAGUUGUGUUUUAUGUUUACAUGUCACAAAGGAUGUUGAAUUUACCCUGUUGAAAUUAUUUAGUAUAUCUUUAAGUGGAACACAGUUGAGAGUAUGAUUUGAAACGUUUGAUAUGAAAAAGCUUGUCGACUUGAUAAAAAAAAGAACAUCUUAAAAACCCUGAAA